GGCCGGGGCCGGGGCCGGGCAGCGAUCGGGAGCGGGCCGCCCAGGGCUCCCCUCCGCGCACCGUCCCCGCCGCCGGUCUCCCCUCGGCCUCCUUCUGCGGCAGGAGGGGGCCGCGGAGGUGAUCCCUGUGGUGGUCCCAUGGCGAUGCGGUGCGGUGCGGCGGUGACCCGGCGGUCUGCCCCCAGCCCGCCUCCGCGCCCCCUCAGGCGGGCCGUGCCCGGCAGCGGUGCCGGAGCAGCUCGCUGAGGCGCCUCACAGCGCGGGGCCGGCCGCGCUUUUGGGGUUUAUUUUUAAUUUCCCCUUUGAGCUGUCUGCUGCUGGCCGGAGUACCGCAGAGAAGCGUUCGGCGCCUUUGGGGGGUUCUGCAGAGGGAGUUUGAAACUUUCUCGUUUUGCCUGGCCUGCUGAGGGGACGCAGAGCGGCGCGUAGCGAAAAGCCUUGGGCUGCUGUGGUUCUGCCAAAAUGGAGCUGAGCGAUGCCAAUUUACAGACCUUAACUGAGUAUCUAAAGAAAACGCUGGAUCCAGAUCCUGCUAUAAGGCGUCCUGCGGAAAAGUUUCUUGAGUCAGUUGAAGGAAGCCAGAAUUAUCCAUUGUUACUCUUAACGUUGCUGGAGAAAUCACAGGAAAAUGUCAUCAAAGUUUGUGCAUCUGUAACAUUCAAGAACUACAUUAAAAGGAACUGGAGAAUUGUGGAGGAUGAACCGAACAAAAUCUGUGAAUCAGACAGGAUAGCCAUUAAAGCCAACAUCGUGCCCUUGAUGCUUAGCAGCCCAGAACAAAUACAAAAGCAGUUAAGUGAUGCUAUUAGUAUUAUUGGUCGGGAAGACUUCCCUCAGAAAUGGCCAGACUUGCUGACAGAAAUGGUGAAUCGUUUUCAAAGUGGAGAUUUCCAUGUCAUUAAUGGGGUCCUUCGUACUGCUCACUCUUUAUUUAAAAGGUACCGCCAUGAAUUUAAGUCAAAUGAAUUAUGGACAGAGAUCAAACUUGUACUUGAUGCCUUUGCAUUGCCCUUGACAAACCUCUUUAAGGCAACUAUUGAACUUUGCAGCACACAUGCAAACGAUGCUAGUGCUUUGAAGGUUCUAUUUUCUUCUCUCGUUCUAAUUGCGAAGCUGUUCUACAGUUUAAAUUUUCAGGAUCUUCCUGAGUUUUUUGAAGAUAACAUGGAAACAUGGAUGACAAAUUUUCAUACUCUUUUAACUUUAGAUAAUAAACUUUUGCAGACUGAUGAUGAAGAAGAAGCUGGGUUACUGGAGCUCUUGAAAUCGCAAAUUUGUGAUAAUGCUGCUUUAUAUGCUCAAAAAUAUGAUGAAGAAUUCCAGCCCUACCUGCCACGUUUUGUAACGGCAAUCUGGAAUCUGUUGGUCACAACAGGCCAGGAAGUGAAAUAUGACUUGUUGGUUAGCAAUGCAAUCCAGUUUCUGGCCUCAGUUUGUGAAAGACCACAUUACAAGCAUCUCUUUGAAGACCAGAAUACAUUGACAAGCAUCUGUGAAAAAGUUAUUGUUCCCAAUAUGGAAUUUAGAGCUGCUGAUGAAGAAGCAUUUGAAGAUAAUUCUGAAGAAUAUAUAAGAAGGGAUUUGGAAGGAUCUGAUAUUGACACCAGACGCAGAGCAGCUUGUGAUCUGGUCAGAGGCCUGUGCAAGUUUUUUGAGGGGCCUGUGACAGGGAUUUUUUCUGGAUACGUUAAUUCCAUGCUGCAGGAAUAUGCAAAGAAUCCAUCUGUUAACUGGAAGCACAAAGAUGCAGCUAUUUACCUUGUCACAUCUUUGGCAUCCAAAGCUCAGACACAGAAGCAUGGAAUAACCAAAGCCAAUGAACUUGUUAAUCUGACGGAAUUCUUUGUGAAUCACAUUCAACCUGACUUAAAGUCUCCUAGUGUGAAUGAAUUCCCUGUGCUAAAAGCUGAUGGUAUCAAAUAUAUCAUGAUUUUUAGGAGCCAAGUACCUAAGGAACAACUGUUGUUAUCUAUUCCUCUCUUAAUUAAUCAUCUUCAAGCAGAAAGUAUUGUGGUCCAUACUUAUGCAGCCCAUGCUCUUGAAAGACUGUUUACCGUGAGAGGGACAAAUAAUACUAUUCUCAUUACAGCUGCGGAAAUGGCACCAUUUGUAGAAGUGCUGCUAACAAACCUGUUUAAAGCACUAACACUUCCUGGCUCAUCUGAAAAUGAAUACAUAAUGAAAGCAAUCAUGAGGAGUUUUUCUCUGCUGCAGGAAUCCAUAAUUCCCUACAUCCCUUCUGUCAUCACACAGCUUACACAGAAACUGCUGGCUGUCAGUAAGAAUCCAAGCAAACCUCACUUUAACCAUUACAUGUUUGAAUCAAUAUGCUUGUCAAUAAGGAUAACGUGCAAAGCAAACCCUGAUGCAGUUGGCAGCUUUGAAGAGGCUUUGUUUAUGGUGUUCACUGAGAUACUACAGAAUGAUGUGCAAGAGUUCAUUCCAUAUGUGUUUCAAGUGAUGUCCCUACUUCUGGAAAUGCAUAAAAAUGAAAUCCCAUCAUCCUAUAUGGCGUUAUUUCCUCAUCUACUUCAGCCAGUGUUAUGGGAAAGGACAGGAAAUAUUCCGCCUUUGGUCCGACUCCUGCAGGCUUAUUUAGAGCGGGGUGCUAACACAAUAGCAAGUGCUGCUGCUGACAAAAUUCCUGGAUUGUUAGGUGUGUUUCAGAAGUUGAUUGCCUCUAAAGCUAAUGACCAUCAAGGAUUCUACCUUCUAAACAGUAUUAUAGAGCACAUGCCUCCUGAAUCAGUUGACCAGUACAGGAAACAGAUCUUCAUUCUACUGUUCCAAAGACUUCAAAAUUCCAAAACUACAAAAUUUAUUAAAAGUUUCCUAGUCUUCAUUAACUUGUACUGCAUAAAAUAUGGGGCAUUAGCUCUUCAAGAAAUAUUUGACAGCAUACAGCCAAAGAUGUUUGGAAUGGUUUUGGAGAAAAUCAUAAUUCCUGAAAUACAGAAAGUGUCCGGACAAGUUGAAAAGAAAAUCUGUGCUGUUGGCAUUACAAAAAUACUAACAGAAUGUCCUCCUAUGAUGGACACUGAGUACACCAAACUGUGGACUCCUUUGCUGCAGGCCCUCAUUGGGCUCUUUGAGCUGCCUGAGGAUGACACUAUCCCUGACGAAGAACACUUCAUUGACAUAGAAGAUACUCCAGGAUAUCAGACUGCGUUCUCUCAGCUAGCCUUUGCUGGGAAAAAAGAGCACGAUCCUGUAGGUCAAAUGGUGAACAAUCCUAGAAUCCAUCUGGCACAGUCUCUUCACAAACUGUCUACUGCGUGCCCUGGCAGGGUUCCAUCAAUGCUGAGUACUAGUCUGAAUGCAGAAGCGUUGCAGUAUCUCCAAGGAUACCUCCAAGCUGCAAGUGUGACACUGCUCUGAAUUGCAUAAAUUUCACAAGCAAGAUCAAAAGCUGUUUUGUUAUACAGAAGGUUGACAUUGACUUUUUUUUUAUAGCGGAGCUCAGACAAAAUGAAAAAUGCUACUUGAAAAUGUAUUGCAGAAUCCAUCUUGUAAAAGAUAAAUGCGGCUUUAAGCAGAAAUUGAAAGAAUUUGGUGGUGUGUGUAAUCAUAGAUAAACGGUGGCUAACUUCCAUUCCCAGUUUAAUUGCAAAGGGAAUAGUCAUAGCGGUUUGUUAUGGGGUUUAUUUGAAAUCUGCAUCUGCAGUAUUUGGAUAACAUUUGGAAAUGUAUGGAGAGCACUGGCUGUAGAAACUCCCUUCAGUCACUAAAAUUCCUUUUCAUUUUGAUGUUGUCCUUUGUAUUUCUUUUGUCUUUCCUUAAACUUUAUCUAAAUUGUGAAUAAAUAAGAAGUACUUGUUUAAAA